UACCACCCUCUGCCGCCGGCAAUGGCGCCGGACCUCCCAGUCUGGGCCUACGCCGCCGCCCCGGCGCCGGCCCCCGAGGCGCCGCAAACCCUACCCGUCUUCCACGCCCCGCCUCCGCCGCCGCCGCCGCCUCUCCCCGCGGGGUACCACCUGCUCCCUCCCUUCUCGCUCGCCUUCCAGGUCCCGUCCACCCUCCUCUUCGAAAUGGAUUCCCGCCGGAGCAGCUCCCUCCGCCAGUUCUUGGAGGACGAGGGGGCCGUCCCGACCCCGGAGGAGGACAUGACCAGGGAGCAGGUCAUCCGCAAGCUCAAAGAGAUAGUCAUGGAGUGGGCCAAGGCGGUGGGCUUCGAGCAGAGGGUGCCCCCGAGGCGGGUCACGGCUACGGUCCUCACCUACGGUUCUUACACGCUAGGGGCUCAUGGACCUGAGUCUGACAUCGAUGCGCUCUGUGUCGGUCCAUGUAUUGCAAAUUUGCCGCACCACUUUUUUGUUGUUCUGCGACAAAUUCUUCAGCGCAGGCCGGAAGUGUCAGGACUGCAGACUGUAGAAAAUGCAAAGGUUCCAUUGAUGCGAUUCACAUUCAGCGGGAUUUCAGUUGAUCUGACGUAUGCCCAGCUCCAUGUUAUUGAUGCAGUUCAGGCUAUAAAUUCAUCUAGUCCUCAGUUCCUUCGAAGACUUGAUGCACGGAGCUUGAGGAGUCUAUCUGGAGUUCGCGUUAAUGAGCAAAUUGUGCAGCUAGUACCGAAUGCUGAGACGUUCCAAGUUCUGUUGCGAUGCAUAAAACUAUGGGCUAGGAGGCGAGGACUUCAUUGCCAUCUGCUUGGUUUCUUUGCUGGGAUUCAUUUGGCGAUUCUUGCAGCAUAUGUUUGUCAGAAAUAUCCUAAUGCCUCUGUCAAUGGUUUGUUCACCAUGUUCUUUGAGAUAUUUGCUAACUGGCCUUGGCAAAUUCCAGUAGACCUGCAUGGUCAGCCAUUUAAAUGUAGGCGUCCAGAUGGGUGUUUAAUGCCCAUAGUGAUGCCUUGUACUCCACCGGAGCUCUGUGUGUCUAAUAUGACAGCAGGUACCUUCAGGAAGAUCAGAGAGGAGCUUAUGCGUGGUUAUACUUUGACAAAGGACUUAUGGAGGCAUGAUUUUGAGUGGACAUGCCUUUUUGAACCCUUCCCAUAUGUGCCAACAUAUAAGUAUUUUCUUCGCAUUGCUCUAUGUGCUUCAACUUCUGAAGAACUACAGGAUUGGGCUGGAUGGGUGAAAUCCCGCUUCCGGUACCUUAUUCUGAAGCUGGAAAGUAAUGGCAUUGAGUGUGAUCCUGAUUCGUCACAGGAAAUUGAUCAUACAGUCAUCAAGCCUAACAUUGUAUAUCACUGGGGCCUUAUCUCUCAUACAUUUACUCGCCUUGACAUUAGCUCUCUGAAAGAAGAUUUCAUGAAAAAUGUCAUCAAUGAUGUCUACGGAAACGUGAAAUGUACACAUUCAGAGCUGACAAUGUCCCUUGUUGAGCAAUCAGAGCUGCCAAAAAGUAUGUAUGGUGACUCAUUGUACUCCUGGAACCUGCCGAUGCAUAUGGUGGGCUACCAGGUAGCAACUGACUGUUGGACUGCAGUUGGCUAGGAUAUUGGUGGAUCAUCUGGGACUUGUUCUCUUGCAUCAACUGCAUCUUACAUGAUCACUCGGAAGAUACUCCGGACUGGGGUUUUCUUUUCAGCUCUUCGUUGCCCCUAGCAAAGAGGAUCAGGAGAGUCCAGUGUAUUCUUUUAUGAGCCUGCAUGUACUAGGAUCAUGAAACUGACCUGGUUCUGUUCUGGUGGGGCUGUGCAAGUGCGUAUGUAGUACUUGGUCAGUACAUUGAUAUAGCUUCUCGCAGAAAACAAAGUAUACCAGACUAGCCUAUAGCAGUAGCAUGUCAAAUAUAAGGUUUACAUUGUGCACAGUACCCAAGUGUAAAUUUCUUUUGUGGAGGUGGGGUGGAAAGGUAACUGGGAAGCCAUUGAAGAUUGAAGGUAAUCUCUCUACAGGACCCAGGACGAAGUGUGGGUUUCUUGUUGUGAAUUCUGAUGCCUGCUGGGUGCCAAUCAUCCAGAGGGCAAUGUAUAGUUGAUCUCAUUAGCAUGUGCUGCUACCUGUUGUAAGCAGAGCAUCCCUUGCCACUGAACCAUUCAUUUGUAACUAAUAAUAACUCCCUGGAUACAUAGCAGUACUGAAUAGAUUGUGAAGUUGGAAAAUCA